CCUUCCCGCCUCCCAGCCGCCGCCCAAGCAGUUCCUACCCAGCGCCAGCAGGCCUGCUAGGUCGAUCUUCGAGCCGAAGAUGCGGCGGGGCUGGAAGAUGGCUCUGUCUGGGGGGCUGCGGUGCUGCCGCCGAGUACUGUCCUGGGUGCCAGUGCUCGUUAUUGUCCUCGUCGUGCUCUGGUCCUACUAUGCCUACGUCUUUGAACUCUGCCUUGGUCAAAAGUUCAGCUCCACUAUUAUGGUAUGGACAUUGCUCCUAGGAUCAGUGCCAUAUUCACCUAGUACAAGUGCACACAGAUGGCAGUGGCGAGUAAAGACAGUGACUGUUUUGAGCCCAGCAGAAAAAGUUAUCUACCUCAUACUCUACCAUGCCAUUUUUGUGUUCUUUGCGUGGACCUACUGGAAGUCCAUCUUUACACUCCCACAGCAACCUAACCAGAAGUUCCACUUGUCCUAUACAGACAAGGAGCGCUAUGAAAAUGAAGAGAGACCUGAGGUCCAGAAGCAAAUGCUUAUUGAUAUGGCCAAGAAGCUACCAGUUUACACAAGAACCGGGAGUGGAGCUGUACGAUUCUGUGACCGGUGCCAUCUGAUCAAGCCAGACCGCUGCCAUCACUGCUCUGUCUGUGCCAUGUGUGUUUUAAAAAUGGACCAUCACUGCCCUUGGGUUAAUAACUGCAUUGGAUUUUCCAACUACAAAUUCUUUCUUCAGUUCUUAGCUUAUUCUGUUCUCUACUGCCUGUACAUUGCUACAACCGUCUUCAGCUAUUUCAUCAAGUAUUGGAGAGGGGAAUUGCCCAGUGUUCGCUCUAAGUUCCAUGUCCUUUUUCUCCUCUUUGUGGCCUGCAUGUUUUUUGUCAGCCUUGUGAUUCUUUUUGGUUACCAUUGUUGGCUUGUCAGCAGAAACAAAACUACCUUAGAGGCCUUCUGCACUCCAGUGUUUACAAGUGGCCCAGAGAAAAAUGGGUUCAAUCUUGGCUUCAUCAAGAAUAUCCAACAGGUGUUUGGAGAUAAUAAGAAGUUCUGGUUAAUACCUAUUGGGUCCAGCCCUGGUGAUGGACACUCCUUCCCUAUGAGGUCAAUGAAUGAGUCACAGAACCCACUACUAGCAAAUGAAGAACGAUGGGAAGACAAUGAGGAUGAUAAUCGAGAUUAUCCAGAAGUCUCAUCAUCUCUUGCAGUGGAAACAGAAACGUAGCAGUUUUCUCAUUUCUGAAUCUCUCAAACAGGACUCACCAUCUCUCAUGAGGCUUACAGAGUUCAAUGUUGGGAACCAUUCUCAAAAUAAGCCACCAUGUUGGAUUUAAAGCUUCACAGUUUGAAAGCAUUCCAUCAAAUACUUGCUGUGCAGAUGUUUCAGGACUUUACAAAUUAUUUAAUUUACUGACUGCUCUGCAGUUGGUAACAAUAACUUCAAGCCAGUUUUUCUUCCUUUCCUAUCCUCUCCCAAUUGACAAAAGCCUAAAUAUAAGAUAUAUAUCUUUACAUUCAUCUUGUCAGGUAAAAGGGAAUUCAGAUGCCUUCUUUGGAAUCUUUAAUUCCCCCAGAAAAACUAUUAGUUAUAUCUACAAGGGUCUUUUUGGUAUUGGGGGCAAUCAGCAUACAUUGGCUGCUUGGUGCAUGUGCCUUUAUAAACAUGUAUAUGUGCAGCAUAUCUAUACAAAAUUCUGCUGUAAAGUUGUAAAAAUCAAGGUUAAAAAAGCCUGAGGAUUUAUUAAUCAUGCCUUUUCCCUAAAUAGCAAUUUCAAUAUUUGCUGAGCUUUGAAUCAUCCAUAUAUCAAAUGUCUCAAAUUUGAGAGGGAGAUUCAAUACACUAUGAUCAAGGUCCUCAAAUUGAGAAUCAAACAAUAAUGUAAAACCUGUUCUCUGUCACAGAGGUUCCUGGAAGCACCACAGCUAAUAGAAAAGAUCAGAUCAGAUCAGAUCAGAUUAGAUCAGAUCAGACUUCCAUUUUAUGAAACAUAACAAUUAGUGUUUUAAAGAGUUUUAAUGUCAGGCUAUGGUAAAAUUCUCUAAUUACUUUUAUUCAUUUCUCUGCUCUCUAGUUUUAUUUUAGCUUUUAUAAAGUACUGUUAUGAUGAAAGAAAAAUUAUAAGCAGCCUAAGUUAUGGGCCAUCAGUUUUGUAAAGGGUUUUAGGGUGAUUUUCGGGUUUAAUUACAAUACUGUUCAAAGAGUGAAGUUUCACAGCUGACAUUAGCCUGAGGAUUAACUAAAGAUCUGUAUUUUCACAGCAGGGGUUAAUGUACAGAUAGUGAUAACUGAACAGUAAUAUGCCAAUCCCCUUUUUUUAAAGCCUCAGUGGUAGCUCAGCCAUUAAGAUAGUUUAUAUCCAUUUCCCCAUUUAUUUAUAAUCAGCCUUUCUUUCAGUCCUAGUGCCUGAAUCAAUGAGUAUGGACACUAAUGCUGCUUCUUUAUAAUAAUAAUACCUAAGAGUAUUGAUGUUUUUCAUUUUUCAACCAGCACUCUAGUGCCCAGCUGCUGACAAUAAAAGCCCCAACUCUUAUAGAGAUCAGUGGGAGUUAGAGGCAUCUUACAGAUAUCAAGGAAUUGAGCUCCUUGUGGGAUGGUUAAGUUCACUAAAUUAUCCUCCCUGAAAUCUUUUUGAGUUAAAAAAUAGUGUUGCCUAUUACAAAUAAAUCAGUGUUGAGGCACUAAUGCAACUGAGACAGUGAGCAAUUCAGCUACAUAAAGCAAUGACAAAACCUGUUAAUUUGGACCCCCUCUGUAAUUUUGACCAAAGUGAGAUUUUUAGCAUAAAAUAAAUGGAUUGUGGUCAGCGUUUCAUUUGAGAAUACUAGGCAUUAUUAAAUCUAUUUGGGCCAGGGGCCAGGGUCUGUUUCUUAAACUCAGAAGCUAUGAAGCAGCCCAGAAGACUAUGCACGCUAGAUUUCAUGAUGAGAUCUUACAUGUUCAGAUGGGAAGGUUUUUCCUUUCCACUCUUCUAGAACACUUUUAUUGCUUAGGUUUCUCUUGAAAGCUUAUUGGGCCAUCCACAUGGUUUUAUGAUGGACAAGUUUGCCUUCUAUUCCUAUACAAAUGUAAUAUUAAAUGGAGUACAGUGGGCCUCAAAGCAAUCUUCCCCUUUCCUGUCUGUCAUCUUCUGCCAAGAGUUUAGGCAGAGCAGCUACUUUCUAUGAUUUAGAGUCAGGAAAGGCAACAAGAACUUCUUUGAUGCAUAGAUUGUAUUAGCACUCAGCUCUCACAGAAAUCAGGUCACAAAAGACAGUAAACUACAGGGAACCUCUGGAAGGGUAAAGCUCAGGGGAGCUAUAAUGCAAAACUGACUAUUUAAUGUCUUCAGAAGGCCAAAUGAUUCAGGGUUUUACCUGAAGGCUUGAGGAAAAAAAGAAACCUUAUUCCUAUGUUAGUACCUUGAUCCCACUAGUUCAUAGACUCUGAUAUUAUCCCUAUUUGUAGAUCAUAAGGGUAUUGAUUACUGUACAUAGUCAAAUAUCUGGUUGAUUAUUGAUCAAGAAGACAGUUUUUUGUUUAAUAAUUAGCACAUGCUGACCUUGCUCCUUUGCUUUCUUUCCUUGGAGUCCUGCCCGAUAUCCUCUGUGGGAUCUCAUUUUCCAAUUUCUGGUACUCUUCUCCCCCAUUUGCAAAAUGAAGAUACACAUUGUUAAGAUCCUACAGCCAAAAGGUGCUAUGUUAACUUCCUAGUGCUCUUAUAUGUCUUUAAUUUCAGGACUGGAAUGAAAAGUUUAACCAUGACAGUAUUUCUAAACAAACCAAGAUGCUCCAUUCUUUCUUCUAUACUUUCAUUGCUGAUUUUUUAUUGCAUAGCUUAGAGUACUUUGUUAAUGUUCUUCCAUUUGUUCAACAAUGUCUUUGGAAAGAGAAUGUAAAUUAUUGUCCCACAAUAGGGAAAAAUAAAUGUAAAAUAGAUGAAAUGCUUCCCAAAAGCACAUGGAUGUGCUCACAGUCAUCAUGUCCAAUAUACAGAGUGAUUUGGCUUCGUAGCACUGAAAUCACCAUGGAACAGCUUAGAGCAAUUGGGACAGAAGUACAUUCCAGAAGAGUUGCACUUUGUCCGAAAUCUUAAGUAAGCAAUGUAUACAACUCCUAUUUUCUAAUGCACUAUGUGCCUCUUUCCCCCAUUGGCCCCAUGUGACAUGGCAUCAGCCAGUGUCAUAAUCUCCUAUGGCAUCCAUAAGGCCCAGUUUCAGGGCUGCUUUGCCAGAGAAAAUAAUGUGCUCCCCCAUGUUUAUGCCAAAUUACAUGAAGUGCAGACAUUGAGGUUAAUGGAGAUUUAAGCACAAUGCUAGCAGGUAUGUUUUAAGAAUAUUGAUUAUACAUUAAUUUAAUGUAUACCUGAAAUUUAACAAAGCCCCAAUUCAUAAGAAUAUGACAGUAUCAAAGCAUCUCUCUUUCAUCUCCAAUCACACAUAUCUACAUAAACACGUAUACACACACACACACACACACACACACACACACACUCCUUCCAAAGCAGGCUGCCUGGUCAUCAGGAGCAAAUACCUUAAAGGAGUGAUUCUAAUUCUAAAAACAUGUCUAAUAAUCACAGAAAGUGAAGAACAUUUCAUGUAUACAUUCUAAAACCUCACUUUCACAGUGGCUGAGACUCAGUUGGUGUAAAAGAUAAGUUCUAUGCAGAGGCACAGAGAAUAUCUAACAAGAUUGUCAGACCCUUUCACAAGUCCCAUGUUCUCAGAAAAUUCAUGAGCUCCAUCCAAUCAGUAGGAAAUGGUUGAUGAGGUAUGGUACAUCCACAUUUAACCAUAGCUGCAAUGUGCCAUAUUAAACUGUAGUCUUUUGCAUGUGACUAUUAUGUAAUAUAAUAAUGAAUGGGUGGCUCCUAAUAGCAUGCAGCCCAUGACUUGUUUACUUCCCCAAAAGGGCUAGAGCUGUGUCCUGCACAGUGUUCAAAAUCAUUAAAUGUGUUCUUUGGAGCAGCCUGGUACACAGCCAUCAGCAGAAUGAGUUAAAACAUACAAUGGAUUCAAUAUAUCAGGAAAUAGAUUCUUAGUAGGAAGUGGCAUUAAAGGGAAAAAACAAUAAGAUAAGAUGCAUUCAAGGAAUAAUUGCUUUCACCCUGCUGGCUAAAUCAGCAAAGGAACACAGCAGGAAAGCUGGGACUGGGUCUUGGUAAUAUGUGAAAUGUAUUGGAGAACCAGAAAAAGAAAGGCACUGGGGACCUCAGCAGUUAAGCUCAAGUUGCCAAUUUGCUACAAAUCCUUUUUUCCACCAAUCUGUUCAAAGUGAUUGUAUAUAGUAUUCUUAAAACCAUGUGUCUUGCUGCAGAAAUACUGACAAAUGCUGUCUAGCUUUAUCUUCCUAUGUCCUUAUUAAAAGUAUAUGCAUAAAA